AUGACAUCAAUGGAGCACCCUCCGGUGAACACCAGUGUCUCAAGCCUCCAACACCUCUCUCUGCCCCCCACCUCCCAGUCAUUUUGCAGUAUUGAUGAGUCCUACAAAUACAUUUUCCUGCCCCUGUGCUACUCAUUUACCUUCAUCUUCAGCAUCUCUCUGAACUCGGUCGUCUUGCUCCGCUCCUUCCGCCGUACUAAGCGUUGGAACGCUUCGCUGAUCUACAUGGUCAACCUGGCCACCACAGACUUCAUGUACGGCAUGUCGCUGCCCUUCCUCGUGGCCAGCUACAUCAUGCGUGACCGCUGGGUAUUUGGGGACUUCAUGUGCCGUCUGGUCCGAUUCCUAUUCUAUUUUAACCUCUAUUGUUCCAUCUUCUUCCUCACCUGUAUCUCCGUGCACAGGUACCUGGGUAUCUGCCACCCCAUGAAGGUGAUCACACUGGAAUCCAAGAAGGCAGUGAAGUGCACUUGUGUUCUAGUCUGGAUUGUGGUGUUUGCUUUGACCUGCCCCAUCUUUCGGUUCGCUCAAACUGGUCAUGUGACCAGACUUGCUGGGAUCAGUGGCGAUGGCAGACUGGUGGAGGAGUUCCAGAACUGUUGGGACGACGCUAUAGACAAGGAGUUCUCUGACUACGUCCCGUAUGGCAUCACCCUUCAUCUGGUGGGCUUCUUUGUUCCGUUUUCAAUUAUCGCUUGGUGUUACUCUCACGUGGUUCUGACCAUAUUCAGGACUCUACACUCUCAGCCUUCAUCCUACAGAGGACCAAAAGACGGCAGAUACCGAGGAGUGCGCAGACAAGAAAGAGAUGAUCGCGAGAAAAGAGGAAAAAAUGGAUUCUCUAAAACGCAUGGAAGGCAGGAUGGGAUUUCCAUUUUUCUGGGUGCCCAUUCUCCAUAUGCCAAUCGCAGGCGCAAGUCCAUUAAAACCAUCAUCACCAUCACGCUACUGUUUGCCCUUUGCUUUUUCCCUUUUCAUGUGACCAGAACCAUUUUUCUCCUGCUGAAGGUGACAAGGGGAGUUCCCUGCCAUACUAUGACCAUGGUGUCCAUGUGCUACAAGAUCACCCGGCCGCUGGCAUCCUUUAACGCGUGGCUCAAUGCCCUACUGUAUUUCCUCACCAAAGAUAAGGGGGGAGGUCACUGCUGCCAAGCUGCAAACACAACUAGUCAACAACAUGGUGGGCUGCUGAUGCCACUGAGGAUGAUGGGAAGAGCCGAGGAUGCAGAGGUCGGAGCAGCGGCGGAUAAAUCAUUUCUCAACAGUCCUCCAUAUAUAAACAGAGAUAAAGUCAAUUAUCCGGCCGAAUAA